GGAUGGCAGGACAGAAUGCAAGAAAGACCUGAGAAGGAGGGAAUUCCAUCAUUUCAGCCUGCUUUUGGAAGAGGCUGCCCUUUCCUCAUUGACUUCCUCCUGUUGCCUCUGUCGGGAAGGAAGGAACUUCUCAGACUCUCAACACCAGCAGACCUUGGCUGCCUGAAGGGCCACGCUGUGGGCAUCCUGGAGGGAACUUCCUUCCACCUUCUCCAGCCCACAAGCCUUCUUACCUUCCCACAGCCACCACCCAAGGGCUCCCGCUCUGCUCUGGGUGCCCCACGCUGGACCAUGAAGCUGGCCACAGCAGCCCUGUUGCUGGGUCUCGUGAUGGUGGCCGCUGGAGAGGAGGAGGAAGAAAACGACCCGUGUGUGUAUGAGAACCUGCCCUACCAGGACACCGGGCUGUGCAAGGGCCUUGAUGUUUUCUACCCAGAGGUGGGAAAUAUCGCCUGCAUGUUUAUUCCUGACUGCAACAACUUCAGGCAUAAGAUCACCUACUGGAUGGAGCCGAUCGUCAAGUUCCCCGGAGCCCUUGAAGGUGCAACCUACACCUUGAUGAUGGUGGAUCCCGACGCUCCCAGCAGGUCAGAGCCCACCAAGAAAUACUGGAGACAUUGGCUGGUGACAGAUAUCAAGGGCAAUGACUUAAAGAAAGGGAAUAUUCAGGGCCAGGUGCUAACACCCUACAAGCCUCCCUCCCCACCAGCAAAGAGUGGCUUCCAUCGCUACCAGUUGUUAGUCUAUCUUCAGGAAAGGGACGAGGUCAUCUCUCUUCUUCCCAAGGAAAGCAAAUCUCGAGGCUCCUGGAAUAUGGAAAGUUUUCUGAACCGCUUCCAUCUGAGAGAGCCCGAAGCAAGCACCCAGUUCAUGACCCAGAACUCCCAAGACUCACCAAUGAUCCAGGCUUUCAGGGGAGGCGUCAGGUAUUUCAAGGACAAACCCAAGUAGAGAUAACUGCCUGCUGGACCAAGGCUUCAACUUCUAGGCAUGUGUCCACAUUGCCUACCGACAGAUGGAAUCCCCUCUGGGUAUGGGUCCCUUAUCUUCAAAAUUAAAAAAAAAAAAAAAUACAGGGCUUGA